CGAAUCUUCUACUCAACCCUGAUCCAUUCAUCGUCAUGUCGGGCUUAGGAGUCCUCGGUGCUGAUGGCCGAUGCUUCGCCUGGGACAGUCGAGCAAACGGCUAUGGUAGGGGAGAGGGCAUUGCAACGCUUCUCCUGAAGCCUCUCCGAGAGGCACUAGCCGACGGAGAUCCUGUUCAUGCUGUUAUUCGAGAGACGGCAAUUAAUCAGGAUGGCAAAACACCGACCAUCACGUCGCCGUCUUCUGAGGCUCAGGAGGAGUUGAUACGAGCAUGUUAUCGAAGAGCCGGGCUCGAUCCUUCUCGGACAGCAUACGUUGAGGCGCAUAUGACAGGAACCCCGACCGGCGAUCCCAUCGAGGCUGCUGCUAUAAGUCGUGUAUUUGGAGAAGGACGUUCAGUCGACAAGCCGGUGCUAGUAGGGUCAAUCAAGACGAACUUGGGUCAUUUAGAAGCAUCCAGCGGCAUUGCAGGAGUCAUCAAAGCUAUCAUGAUGCUCAAGAACGAGAUGAUCCCACCGAACCUGAAUUACGAGGAAGCAAACCCCAAAAUCGAUAUGAAGUCGCUCGGGGUGAAAGUUCCGCUGCAAGCACAGAACUGGCCUGAGGGAAUGCCACGACGUGUUUCUGUCAACAAUUACGGUUACGGAGGAACAAACGGCCACGUCAUCAUUGACGGUGCUAGUGAGCAUAUCGAUCAAUGUCAUUCAAUAGCAUUGGAGAAGACUGGGCCUCGUCUUAUCGUCAUGAGUAGCAAAGACUCCAUUGUCACUGCACGAAUGGUCAACAAUCUGAAGGGCUAUCUCGAGGCUCGGAAAGCGUCAGUCCAAAAGCUUGAUCUUGAUAACUUGGCAUACACCCUUCAGAAACACAGGUCACAUUUCCCUUGGCGAGUUGCCAUAUCGAGCAGCGACUGCGAGGCAAGCUUGAUCGAGGCCCUCGAGAACCCAGUUAAGAAAGCUGUAACUCUUGCUAAAGACCCCCCGCGCAUCGGCUUCGUCUUCAACGGACAAGGGGCCCAAUGGCAUGCCAUGGGCCGCGAACUCAUCCCAGUAUACUCGAUUUUCAGGAAGGCUCUUCUCCGCGCGGAUGUUGUUUUGGGAGAUUACGGCGCGGACUGGUCCCUUGUGGAUGAGCUCCAGCGGGACGAAAAGUCUACCUGCGUCAACGAACCUCACCUAAGCCAGCCCGUCUGCGUCGCUCUCCAGAUAUGCUUGGUUGACCUUCUUAAAUCAUGGGGUAUCCAACCCACCGCUGUCACCAGUCACUCGAGUGGCGAGAUUGCAGCAGCCUAUGCCGCCGGUGCGCUGACGUUUGAAGAGGCUCUGGGCGUCGCAUACUUCCGUGGUGUUUUGACAGAAAAAUACCACAACGCUUCCCGCGGUCCUGGAGGCAUGAUAGCCGUGGGUCUUGGAGCUGAAGAUGCA